AUAAAGUUCUAUAUAAAUAUCCGGAAAAAAAAAACAGAACGUUACGACUUACAAAAUAAUUCGAAUAAGCAUGAAUUUCCUCUGCUUUGCCUUAGUUUUCACUGCCUUUGUGGCAAAGGGUGAAUCAUCCUCUAUCUUGCCCUCCAAGGAUCAAAUCGUAACUGUUCUGGAAACAAUCAAUGCCGUAGCUAACAAACUGGAAACAGCCCUAAACAAUAGAUUCCUCGACAGAUUACAGAAUGAGACUUCUAUUAAAGAAUGGUCUGUUAACAUCCAAUCAAAAGUCACUGGCAAGGCUGCCAACCUAUUGAUUCAAGCUUUCGAAACUUACAAAGAAAUCGCCCUCGCUGGAUCACCAAGCAAAGCAGAAAUCAAACAAUUGAAUUGCAUAUCUCAAAAUGAAGAUUUGUUUUUGCAAAUAGUUGACAAUGCCACUCGUCAAAAUGGUUGGUGCAAUAACCGACUCGCAGCAAAUCUUACAGCAGCUUUCCAAGAAACCACUGCUGCUUCACUAAUAAUAAACGCCGAAUUUUUGGGAUUGGCUGGAAGUUUGGAUGAAUGUACUUUAGGCUCAACAUUUUGCUUGUAUAAUUAUGUUUCAAAUGUUGCCGCUCUGGUCGAAUCAGAAAUUUCAGAAGGUAGUGCCAUUUAUCAGGCUCUGGGGGAUGUUAAGUAUAUUUAUACAAUUAUGUUUGGUACGGAUGUUCCAAAGUGCUUCAAAGAAGUUUUCGCACCAACUUUCAAUGCAGGAUUUGCCACUUUCCUGAAGAACAUUGAAGAGUGCACAGCUUAGCUAUUUAAUUCGUAAUACAAAUUAAACUUGAUUAAUAAAAAUAUGAACUCAUCAGCCUUUUCUUG